AUGGCCUUGAGCAACAACGUAAUUGGAGCCAUAAACUUCGUAGCCAUGCUCCUCUCAAUCCCCGUCAUCGGCUCAGGCAUAUGGCUGACGACUUUACCUGACAACUCGUGCGUCCAAAUCCUCCAAUGGCCAGUCAUAAUCCUCGGCGUCCUCAUCCUAGCUGUCGCCAUAGCCGGCUUUGUUGGCGGCUUCUGGCGGAUCCCGUGCCUCCUAAUAUUCUACCUGGUUGCCAUGCUGGCACUCAUCGUGCUACUCGCCAGCCUGGCAGUGUUUGUGUACAUGGUGACGUCAAGAGGGUCGGGCCACGCGGUGCCAAGCCGAGCCUACCUGGAGUACAGCCUGGACGGCUACUCGGGAUGGCUCCAAAGGAGGGUCCGGAGCUCCUACAAGUGGGAUAGGAUACGAGCCUGUUUGAGCUCCUCCACAAUGUGCGCCGAGCUUAACCAGAGUUACCGAAUGGCUCAGGAUUUCUUCAAUGCCCAUAUUACCCCUCUCCAGUCGGGAUGCUGCAAACCACCCACAGAGUGCGGGUACACGUUCGUGAACCCGACCUACUGGAUUAGCCCCAUAAACAACGCGGCCGACAUGGAUUGUGUGCAGUGGAACAACGAACAAACGCAACUUUGCUACUCGUGCGACUCGUGCAAAGCCGGAUUGCUUGCCAACCUCAAGAAAGAGUGGCGGAAGGCCGAUGUUGUGUUGAUCAUAACGUUAGUCGCCUUGAUUUGCGUGUACUCGGUCGGGUGUUGUGCUUUUAGGAAUGCGAAAACAGAGGAGCUCUUUAGAAAGUACAAGCAGGGUGACCCCUACAAUUGAUUAAAAUAACAAACUAAGGAAUGGAAACAAAUUAAUGAGAGGAAUUAAAGUUUGAUUUAAGUUCUUGUAUUGUAACACUAUAGUUGAGGUUGUGGUUGAGAUUGGGGAUCUCUUUUUCUUUUGGCCAUAUGCAUAGUUGUGGAACUCUUUGGAUUGUGGUUAUAAAAUUGUUUGUUUUGACACUGUUGAGUGUUGACUGCUUAGGAUGGACGAAAUUUGAGCUCAAACCAAAAAAACGAGUCGAACAACGCAAUGUAGUACGGUACAAUAAAACCAAGCAUAACCAUGAAUUUUGG